UUGAUAGGAAAGUAUUCAUUUUAAGAAGUCUCUCAUAAUGGCACUUCUCCUGUUUUUGAGCACCGUUCUCUUGUGGGGAAUCUAUCUUCCCCAUUCUUCCUCAGGGCAGAACGUCCAAUACUCGGAGCCCAACACGGCUUUAGUGGACUCAGCGUACAAGACCAUUGACGUAUCGAACCUCGGAGAAUGCAACCUCAAGUGCGACGAAGAUCAGAAAUGUCUCAGCGUCAACUACUGGAGGGUGAAAAAGAGGUGUGACUUGAAUAACGCGACGAAGGUCAUGUAUCCAAAACGAGUGAAGAAAGACAGGACUGCCAUCUACGCCAACAUCCGAUGGGAAAUAGACUACCCGGAAUGCGCCUCUUACACAACAUUGUCUGAUGCAAGCCGCAACGUUAACUCGCCACAGACCACAACACUCUGCGACAGCGGGCUGUUGAAAAAGUGGUACCGCUUUGAAGGCGCCGCAGGGACGGUCAUCCCAUCUGCCUGUCCUUCUGAAAAUUUGUGCAACACUCAUGCAACUGGUUGGGUGAACGGCGCGCAUCCUACGGUGAAAGAAGGAAUUGUAACACGGAGAGUUUGUUAUCACUGGUCCACUAACUGCUGCAUCUGGUCCAAUGACAUCAGAAUCCUUAACUGCGGCUCGUAUUAUAUCUAUGAGCUAAUUGGACCUCCGACUUGUUCUCUGCGUUAUUGUGGCAAGUGA